AUGGGGGUGAAGCUCACCGGCAUCGUUUUGGGGCUGACUCAGGAGAAGGAAAGAGCGGAGCAGGAGCGCGACAGUGCCCAGCGGGACUUUCGGGAGGCCUCGGACUGCCGCGAGUUUAUAGAGCAGGAGAACCAGGUUGCACGGCGCCAGCUCAGCGAGACGGAGGGAGAGCUGAAGGCCAGCCUCUCGACUCUGCGGGAGCGCAGCACCCAGCUGGAGGACCUCAGGGAUGCCCACCAGAAGCUCCGGCAGGAACAGGAGUUGCUGGGCUCAGAGCUGGCCGGCGCCAGGGCUGAGCUCCAGGGCACCGCGACCAGCCUGGGGUCACUCGCCCGGGCCGUGCUGGAGGUGGGGGCGCUCCAAGCCCAGUUCCUGGAGGCUGCAGACCUUCUCCAGACAGCGCUGCCAGGCGAGGCAGCCCAAGUGGCCCCACGAAACAGCGCCUGCACCCCGGGGCGGCGCACCCCUCACCGCUUGGGGACCUCCUUGGUGGACAGUGUCUUGAAAGCUGCGUCCCAGGAAAGCACGAGGACCCCAGGCCUCUGGAGCGAGACCACGGCGUUUACACAGGCAGCCCCGGCGGCCCCUCCGCAGCCAUCAGAGAUCAAGGCCUCCCUGGCUGCCCACACUCAGGACCUGCAGCAGAUAGCAGAGCAGCUGCGCCUCCUGGCCAGGCGUCGUCAGGAAGAAGUCCGAGAGCUGCGGGCCCAGAUUUUGCAGCUGGAGCAGCAGCUGGAAACCUCUCAGAGGCAGCACCGGGCCGAAAUGGACUCCUGCAAUGCCGCCCGUGCCAAGCUGAGCAAGGCUUUCCACCUGAGGAUCCAGAACGAAAAGGAGUUGCAGGAGCUGCUCCGUCAACAGGAGGAGAAGCAGGACCAGCUGAGUGACCAGAGGAGGGAAGUGGGGACCCUGCAGGAGGAGGUGGCCCAGCUGCGGCUGGCGCUGCAGAAGUCGGAGACGACGGCCACUACCCUUUGGGAGGAGCUGAGUGGGACCCGACUCCCUGACGUCCAGGAGAAAAUCUGGCUGCGGCAGGAGGUGGGGAAGCUGAAGGAGCUCCUUCUUCAGAAGGAUGCCGAGCACACGGAAGCCCUGGCCCGCCACGUGGUGCAGGUGAGAUGCCUGGAGGACCGGCUGCGCCAGGCCCAGCAGCUGCUGCGGCACCAGGAGAAGGCAGAGGUUGGGCUGAAGGAGGCCCUCUCCGUGUUGCCAGCUGAAGUGUCCGGCCUCGCCGAGGUGCAGCACCUCUUGGACCUCCUUGACUGAAGCCACCGGGGGGGUGGGCAGCAGGAGGCCGCUCUCACCUUGUCUGUCCCUCGAAUGCCUGCAUCCUGGCAAGAUCAUGCUGUCAAAGGCCUUGCUGUGGUCAGCAAAAGGAAGGGCACCCUCCUUAAGUCCUCUUCAUUCUCCACCUUAGGCUACGAGCGAUCUCGUGCCCGUCUGCCUGUU